AGCUUCCUGGCAGCGGCAGCAGCUUGUGUCUACUCUCCUUCUCUCUGGCACACGCACUCACUCUCUCUCUCUCCCCCUCUCUCUCUCUCUCUCUCUCUCUCACACACACACACACUCACUCAGUAUCAGUAGCCUAUGUAGAACCACGUAGCACCAGCUUUGGAUUUUAACCACCAACACCACCACCACCAGCCGGAGCGGCAAUGGAUCUCUUUGAAUUCGACUUUUUCAGAGACUGGGAGCUUGAACAACCAUGUCAUCUGGAGUCGGAGCGCAGCGCCCUGAAGAGGAGAGAGUGGGAGAGGAGGAACCAGGAGGUCCAGCAGGAUGAAGACCUGUUCUCAACUGGAUUCAACCUGUUUGGAGAACCUUACAAAACUAAUAAAGGUGAUGCAUUGGCCAGUCGCGUCCAGAACACGCUGGGCUCCUACGAAGAGAUGAAAGACCUGUUAACCAGCCACUCCAACCAGAGCCACUUGGUGGGAAUCCCCAAAGGCAGCAGUGCGAACAACAACCUACAGACCCCGACCACUUCAAUGACAGACAGACCCGCCAUGGAGUCCCAGCUUUUCAAUGACACCUUAAGAGGGGGAGCAGGUGGAGGAGGAGGAGGAGGAGGAGCAGAGGCAAGUGGGGAUAAGAGGAUGGGAAAUGCACCAUCGUCAUCUUCAGCCUCCAUGCAGCCUCCUGCUUCGACCACGUCGUCAUCAAGCACGUCGACAAUCCCACAUCAGACUUCGAAGAAGUCACGGAGCUCCAUGGACUGGUCAAGGGGAGGCCACGGACAGAGUACCCAAGGACCGGGCCUCGUCUUGGGGUUGGGACAGAACGGCCAGGGGCAGGCUGCUGGAGCUGCCAGUGGCAGAGGGAAAAUAUCUUUAUUGGAGGAGCAGCAAAUGCAAAGGCACGAAGAGCUGUUUAGCUCACUGAAAGAUGAACUGGGUCUAAAAGAAGAUUCAAGCCCUUCUUCUUCCUCUUCCUCCUCCUCUUCCUCCUCUUCCUCUUCUAGAAGGCACUCUUCCCACCCCUCCAAAACCCUUCCUCUCCCAGAUGGUGGCAAUUUUCGAUCUUCCACCAUGGACGGUGGCCAUUUUAAGUCUUCCGCUAACACAGAAAAUGGUGGACAUUUUAAAUCCUCCCCGUUUGAAAAUGAAACAGGUUCUCACCUCUCGACAUCCUCCUCCCCGCUGGCUUCCACUUCGGUUCUGACGACGCCUACUCCCGGUCUAACCACUCCCACAUCUGGAUUAACUACCCCCACCUUCCCACCUGGUAGCCUAUCAGGGAAGCCAGUCGCCGUUCAGCAGAAGCCCACCGCGUAUGUUCGACCAAUGGACGGCCAAGACCAGGCGCCGAGUGACUCUCCCCAGCUGAAACCGCCCCUAGUGGCCACAGAGGGAUUCAACGGCAGCAGUCAGGCUUAUGGAGGAAACUCUGGGAACGUGAAGAAUAAACUGCCAAAACUGAGUCUCAGCCACACAGGGGAGGUCAGCCUACCAAAUGACUCCAGCUGUGUUGAAGAGAUUUUGCGGGAGAUGACCCAUUCCUGGCCUCCUCCUCUCACAGCCAUACACACUCCUGGGAAAGCUGAUCAGACCAAGUUCCCCAUCCCAAACAAAGAGUCGCAGCAUGUGACCUCAGGCUACAACACCCAGAAGCGAUGUAGUGUAUCAGCUAACAAGCCUGCUGCUAAACCACCAACUGCACCACAGAAGUCGAUGUUGGAGGAUGACCUGAAGAUCAGCAGCGACGAGGAAGAGGCCGAACAACAGGUGUCUGACAAGCCCAAAGCAAGAGGCACAGCCCUGAGUGGUGCAUCAGGGAGCAGCAGCGAAUCAGAGAGCAGCUCAGAGUCGGACACAGACGAGUCAGAGAGCAGCUCCAGUGACAGCGAGUAUAACCAGGCCUCCCGCACACACACUCCAGAGCCUGAGCCGCCCUCCACCAACAAGUGGCAGCUGGACAGCUGGCUGAACAAGGUCCAAGCUCAAACCAAACCUCUGGUUCCCCCACAGCAAGAACAUCAUGGUACAGGCUCCAUCAACCAGGGUCCAGAGACUUUCUCUCCAGGGAAUGAAGCACCAGGAGUGGGUACGGCUGCCAAGGCCAAGCUCUGCGGAUCCAAUAGCACCCCUGUUCCAGCUGCACCAGCAGUGGAGCACAAGGAUACGAGGGGAGCUUUCUGCCCGGGCAGAGAGAAGGCCAAGGCCAAACUCAGCCAGAAGACCUCAGGGGAGGGCCAGAGGGCGAAGAUGAGGCUGUCGCCGGGCCUGUUGUCAGGGCCAGAGGUCACGACCCCGAGGAGGAACACCACAGGGAAGAAACAGCCCAGACGGACAGAGAGGUCAAACAGUGCGGAGGAUAAUCAGAACCAGACAUGGAGCAGAGCAAACCAGCACAGCCCUGCAGCGCGGGAGAAGGACCUGUUGCCUCCCCCCUCCCUGGAGCAUCAGAACCCCACAAGGCCGCGAAGCAAACCCCCCAGUGGGAAAACAGCCCCCAGGAAAGAACCUCGCAGUGCUACCAACUCAAACAACAACACAGUUACUCCACCAGCAGCGCUACAGCAGACCCCUGUGCCAAUACCUGCUGUCAGUGUAAACCAGCAGGAAAAGAGGAAACACAGAGGCCCGAGCACCAGAAUCACACCCAAGUCCAGAGAAUUCAUCGAGACAGAUUCCUCCUCCUCCUCCUCAGAAUGCCAGUCGGAUACAGAGGAAGCCAUCAAAAUCCCCGCUCUGCCGCAGACGACACGCUCUGCGAUUAACACACAGACUCUGUCCAACACGCACAUACACACGCCUCUCCUCCCGUGCCUCGGCUCUGCCGGCAGUAUGGGCAGUCUGGGAGCAUUUGGAGGGAAAGGACUGCGAGUCAAAGAUGGUAGCAAUGUGACCACUAAUGGUAGCAGCAGUAGUAAUAGUAGCAUCAGCAGCAGUAAUAAUGGCAGCAGUAAUAGCUGUAACUCCCUAAGCAUUAGCAACAUAAGUGGUUCAUUCGGUACUUCUGUUCCUGAUCCUGGAGGGUUAGGAGGGCAGUGCAAGGACCUGGAGUCCAUGUCCCCACCUUCCAACAUGGGACACGAGGUGCCUCUCUCCCCCCUCAGGGAGUACCCGGAGAUCCAGAGUCUGUGGGUGAAGAUCGACCUGAGUUUGCUCAGCAGGGUGCCCGGCCAGGGUUUGGGGGAAAGAUCCAGGGUGGGACUCGCAGAGAGGGACGGCAGUGAAGGGAGAGACACAGAGAGACCGGGCGAGAGGACAGGUGUGGCGGAGAGAGACAGACAGAAGCAGGAAGACAGGGAGUGGCCUGGGCUGAGAGAAAGACAGAAGUUAACUAAAGGAGAGAGACAGGAGGAAGAAAAUGAGCGAUUAGUGCAGGACAGAGAGAGGCAAGGUGACAGAGACAGAUUAACGGAGAGAGAGAGGCAGUCGGAUAGAGAGGACAGAGACAGAUUCGGGCUCGGGGAGAGGGAAAGGACGACGGCGAGGGACAGAGAGAAGGUAUGCUUAGGUCUGGGGGUCCUGGACAACCCCCCAGUGCAAGAGCAGAGUAAUCCCAGACUGGCUGGGAGGACGGACAGAGGAGAGAAUGGAGGGAAACACAGGAAACAAGCAGCUGCGAACAUGAUGGUCCCAACAGAGAAACACACCAGCAAGAACAAGAGGAAACACAAGUCGGACCACACUGAGUCAUCAGUCAACGGCAAUAAGAAGCUGCGAUUGGACAAGGACUGUCAGCUCCUCCCACCCUGCAUCUCUCCAAUACACAACCACAAGAACAGCUCCACAGACAGCUCUCUGAACAGGAAGCAGUCUCGACGGCGCAACGAGAAGCUGCUUCCUCCCCUCCUGUCCCCGCUCUCUGACGACCCCCCACGCAAACGAACCUGCGACGGCAGUUCCUCUCUCAGCCAGGAGGCCGGCGCCUCAGGGAUUCUGGCCUGCUCCACUACAUCCACCGCCUCUUCCUCAUCCUCCUCCUCCUCCUCCUCUCACAGACACAGGAGAGGUGAAGGCAAGGUGUCGUCACAUGCGAGAAACGUGAGCGAAACGGAGCCCCACGGCGAGAAGCCCUGUGGAGAUGGCUACCAUGCCAACGGACAGUCAGACUCCGAGGUGUGGUCGGAACCACUGAUGGAACCUGCAGAACCUCGCAGGCCAAGGCUGUCGUUCAGUGACACAGUCCACAGUGCAGACUACUACAUGCAGGAAGCCAAGAGACUCAAGCACAAAGCUGAUGCUUUGAUGGACAAAUUUGGUAAAGCGGUGAACUACGCAGACGGUGCGCUCUCCUUCAUAGAGUGUGGAAAUGCUAUGGAGCGAGAUCCACUAGAGGCCAAGUCACCGUACACCAUGUACUCCGAGACUGUGGAGCUAAUCAGGUAUGCCAUGAGGUUGAAGAACUUCACCAGCCAUUCAGCUACUGUCGCUGAGAAGAAACUAGCUGUACUGUGUAACCGCUGUCUGUCUCUGCUGUAUCUGAGGAUGUUCCAUCUGAAGAAAGACCACGCUGUCAAGUACUCACGGUCGCUCAUGGAGUACUUCAAGAAUUCAGCCAAGAGUUCCCACCAAGCACCUUCUCCUUGGAGGACCAACGGGAAGGUCAAUGGGACUCCAUCGCCCCUCUCACUCAGCCCCUCCCCAGCCAGCAAUGGAGGAGGAGGAGGAGCAGGAGGAGGAGGAUCUGGAGGAGCCACAGGUUCAUUGGGCAGUGUGGCUAUUCCCCAACGGAUUCACCACAUGGCCGCCAGUCACGUUAACAUCACCAACAACAUCCUGCGGAGCUAUGAACACUGGGAGACGGCUGACAGACUGGCCACUGAUAGCCAAGAUUUCUUCCAGGAGCUGGACUCGGUGAUGGAGCCGCUGAGUCAGCAGAGCAGCAUGACUGAGCUGGUCCUAUACAUCAGGCAGGGACUGCACUGGCUCCGCAUAGAGGCUCACCUGCUGUAGAGACGGGACAGGAGACAAAAUUAAACAAAACAAAAAAAACAAAAGAAAAAGAAAUGGGCCUGGGAGCUAGAACUGGGAUAACAAGUGAGAGGAGACUCAGGAUGAUGCUUCAAUUCCCUGUGGGAUCUUUCAAAUGAAACCAAACAUCCAACGAUAAUGUAAUAACAUAGACUGGGUGGAUAAAUUGGACUGAAAUUCACCUGCAGCUUGAACUGAACAGUAACUAAGUUUGGGAGUUUCAGCUGUGAAUCACAGAAUACAAAUUAGCGUAUUAAAAAUUUGGCUGAUUCUGUCUUUUGGAGAGAAUAAUACAUCAGAGCAGGUAGCUUAGAUUCCUAUGGGGACAAUAGAUGUUACAAACUCCCUGUCUCCCUGAGUAGAAAUAAGAACCAGAUAGGAAAAAGGAAAUAGCACUUUUACUAAGACAGGAUCAUUUUAAAAAAAGAUAUGCGAGAGGCUGAUGUGAUUAAGGUAGGAAAGGAGCUCGACAGAGGCUCAUCUCCUCCUGCAGUGGCCUAGAAACGUGUCUGUGAUUGGGACUACAAUUAAAGCCUCUGGCUGAUAUCGAUCCAAGUGGAAAAGUACUGGUCCAAUCCAUUAGAUAAGAACCACCCUGGUAAAGGAGAGAGGCUCAGGUACAACCACGAGAGCUGAAUUAAUGGAGGCUGAAGUUAGUCCUCUGCUUCUCAGUCAGUCCAUCUUCAGUCUUUAGUGAUGGAUCCUCCGAAAUGAACUCUGGCAAACAGAAGCCAGAACCCGCCUCUGUUCUGCAUCUUUUUCUAUUUUCGUUCAAAUGACUUACACAUGCACAGGCAUCUACAGGAAAUGUACUGAUGCAAUCCAGGAGGGAUAAUCCAGAACAGCUGGUCUUUGGCAUUUUGAAGAGUAAACAUAUUAACAUAUCAGCACAAGUACAGUUACAAUGAUAAAGAAGUCACAUUUGCUAUUUAAACAGAUACAUCAGUUGUGCAUCUUCUUCUGUUGUAUUUCUGACAGAGUAGCUCCUAAAAGCUCACUUCCUGUAACUGAAAGAAAUCUAAUUUCAAACUGAAAUCUGGGACUGGUCUGAUUAAGACAUUCUUAGCGCUUCCAUCAGUAAACACAAGUGUCACCAAAUCGCCCAGAAAUUAGAUUUGAAGUUACAGUUUGAGGAUUUGCUUCCUAAAUCUGGAUUAUUUUCUGGUCAACCACAAGAAACCAGUUCAUCCAGGUUUAUUUAUUUGCCCUCAUCUGAGUAUUACAAGGUCUAGUUACUGUUUGAGAACUUUCCAUAUUAUACUGAUAUGAUUAUUGGUACCAAUACCAAAACAAUAUAUAAAGAAGUUGUUCUGCAAAACCGUUUUUUGCAUUUAACAAAAGAAGCGAAAGUUCUCAGAUAUCUAUACGCAGUCAUACAUAUAGACUUUUUCAUAAAUAAAAAGGGUUAGGAUUAAUAAAAGCUUACUGUCCAUUUUUUUUAAUUGAAAUUUUCAAUAUGGACAAAUCUAUCACAGCCCCAAAAAUAUUGAGACUUGGUACCUAGCCCUCUGGUUAAAGGCAGUGACACUAACGUUUUUAAAUGUUAACAUUGUUUAAAUACAUCUGUGAUCACAGUUAUCAGGAUAUCUUUUGUUUAUCCAUUUGCUAUCAAGAAACUCCCACUAUAUGUGACCUGCAUCAGUGGUUUGUUUAAGCAGAGGCUUUCAAAUCUCAGAGCGCCUCGGUACAAUUGAAUCAAGAUAACUUCAACAUUAAGAUGUGUCUAGCCAGAGUGAGGAUUACAAGACCUGGUCAAGCUGCAGUGCAGGGAGUUAAUAGCCCAGCAGAACAAGCACUCAAUUCACCGGUACUACAAAUGAGGGCUUUUUCCCAUCAAAUAAAGCAUUUGUCUGGUUCUUCUCUUACCGGUUAUGGGCUUUUGUGAAAUCCCACUCAGCUCUAGUUCCCAUAGUAACCCACCCACUAAGGUGUCAAACACUUACAGGGGGAAAAACUACAAGAUUCAGUAUGAUUUGGCUCUAAUUGAGCUCCCACCCAUGUGGAAAUCAAGUAAACAGGGUGAAAAUCUCACAGCAGCUUUUCUGCUCUGAUGUAAAAAAAAUCUGCGACUUUGUACAGCACUUAAUGAGAUCAAAUCAUCUGCUGGAUAUCCUGUAGUCGUUUCCCGACAUUUGUCGUGUUGUGUUGUUAGUGUGUAUACGUGUACAGCUAAUUGUCAGGUCUAUUUAAAUCAUUACCUGACUGGACAAUAAUGAUGUUUGUGUAUCAUAAUGUACAGACUGUGACUCCUGAAAACAGUGUUUGUUUUUGUUUUUUAGCGUCUUGUGAAUGAUUCAAUGUGAAUGGAUGAGUAAGUGAAACAAGAAAAUAGGGUAUCUAUAUAUAUGUGUGUGUGUGUGUGUGAGAGAGAGAGAGAGAGAGAGAGAGAGAAAGAGUGUAUAAGAGCGUGUAUGUGUGUGUGUGUGUCCAUGCGCAGGCUAUGGCUGCAUUUACACAGCACCAAACAUAAUCUGAUUUUUAACUCUUUGUGGCACAUGAAAUCAAAAGGAGACUACACUGUUCCCAUGUGGUUUCUCUUCUCUUUUCACGUGGGCUAUAAAGCCUUAAAAUCUGGAUUUUUUUUCUUCAUGGUCUCUGUAAAUCCAGCUCAUCAAGCAUGAGUUUUUAAGUUUUGGAUCAUUUGACCAUCGCUGAAUGUGUAUGGAAGACAAUGCGGAUGUGAAAAAUAAUUUUCACUUUGACAAAAAAAAAGAAACUCAAGUGCCUCUAUUUGUGUCCAGUGGGAAUUGCUCUAUUUAUUUAAGAACAAAGAAUGAAUCUAAAUGAUUUUCCAUACCAUAUUGGUAUAAAUAUGAGAUUGUUUUUCGUAAAAUCAAAUGUUUCCAUAAGCUUUUUACUGGCGUUUAUGACGACACCAGGGUUUGGCUUUAAGAAAAAUGUGUGAUUUAACGUGUCAAAUUUGCAUAAGUUGCUGUUUCUUUUCUCUCUUGAUGAUUUGAAAGUAUGGGUUUGUCUGAAAUGCCUGAAAAACUAAAACCAUCGCAUGCAAUAAAUGAUAGCUUCAGACCAAGAACUACUUGUGUCCAUUUUGAAAAAAAAAAACAAAAAAACAAUGUAUUUCUUGUCGCAUAGUCAUUUGCAGUGUGAAUGUUCUACAUCACCUGAAAGUACAGAGCCACUUUAAAUGCACAACACUAAAGAUAACAGUCUGAUGGAGGUAAAACAUUCAAGAAUAUCAUGGUACUUAAAACCUUAAAGGAACAGUUCGAUACUCUUUCUUGCUGAGAGUUAGAUGACAACAUCGAUACCACUCUCAUGUUUGUGUGCUAAACAUGAAGCUAGAACCAAUAGCUGGUUAGCUUAGCUUAGCACAAAGACUGGAAACAGGGGAAUCAGCUAGCCUGGCUCUGUCUGAAGGUAACAAAGCCCAUCUACUCGCACCUCUAAUGUUAACCAAAUAACACAUUAUAUCUAGUUUGUUAAAGGUUAUUUUCAGGUAAUAAGGAACUUAGAUAAUAGCUGCUACGUUAGCUGUUAACUGAGUCACGGUAGUCCUGUGAACUGUCACAUGAUUAGUUACUUUAUGGACACCGGAAGAAGUUUACAGGACUGUCAUGAUAGCAGGUGGAUCUCAUAGUGAAUAUGAGAAUCUAGGAGAGGGACAGACUGAAAAACAACAUGCUGAUCUGAGCUCUCAGCUUGUGUUUGCUGUCUGUAGCUGCUUUGUAGCUAGUUGAGUUGAAGCAGCUGUUGCUUCUUGAGAUAACCUGUGUUUUUUGAAUAUGCUAGCAAGUAGUACGGACCUUUCAUUAUUCUUGCUCAGUUGCUUUGCACAUUGAGUCAAGAAAUAUUUUAUAUUUCAAUCAUGUUUCUGUCCUCCUGAAAAAAAAAGCUAAUUAAAAUUGUGACGCAUCCCAAAGCUUGGUCAUUUUUUGGCCAUAUCACCCAACCUUAGUUUAUGGAAUAUGUACAAAAGCCAAACUGUAAACGCAACAUGUUGUUGUUUUAUGGAGGUGACUAUGGCACUGGUGUAGUAGCCUCACAGUACACUUCGGUUUUUGUACAAUUAGAAAGAAAAAAAAACACAUGGUAUAACAUCAGAUUGGGAUUAGACUGUGGCUUUCUGAGGUGUCAUGGUCAGAUCAGGCUUCCAGUUUUGGAGGAGGAAAUUUAGGUUUGUUUCUAGUUCCAUAAUUAAUUUGUUUCAUAGUGCAUCAUCGCAUUUAAAAUCACCAUGUUGAUACAAUGAGAAAGGCUGCUGAACUGAAUUUGUUGUCAAGAGAUGCGCUCCAGUAGCCACCAAAUCCAUGCACAAUAAAAAAGCAAAACAACACAUGAAAGCAGCCCAUGAACCACAAUAUUUAAAAAAAAUAACUAGCAUAUGUCCCAAACACGCUCCCAAGACAGCAGACAAAAACAGUGCAGACAUUUAAAAUUACAUAGGAAAAGACAGUGGCAGUUAAUUAAACCUGUGAACUUUUAGACCUAUAAAUCACACUUAUGAAAUUCAUUUAUCAUUCAUUGUAGCUUUGGAAAUGUCAAAUAGUAAGUGGACAAAAUUUAGUUACCUCUGGGGGAGCUCAGGUCUCUUUCGGGGGAGUUAAGCGCCCCUCUGGCUGCCCCCUAAUUUGAACACUAUAUAACGUGUUUAAUAGCGAGCUGUAGAGGUGCUGCUGAGUGGAUUUUCUUUUUGCCAUCCUAGCUGUGGCCCCCUGUUUCCAGUCUUUUUAGCUAAGCUAAGCUAACCGCCCAUGCACUGGCUGUAGCUUCAUAUUCAUCACACAGACAUGAGUGGUAACAAUCAGCAAGAAAGUAAACAAGCAUAUUUCCAGAAAAUGUCAAAGUGUUCCUUUAAAAUGGACUCUGAAAUGGUUCUUCAUCUGAAAGCGUAAAGAUGUUAACUAGUUUGACAAAAAUGCCUUUUAACGUUAUUUUAUUUGUUUUUUUCUCUUUUUCUUUUUUUGAUUUGAGGUCAUGAAGCCAAAAUAAGCCCCAAUGAGCCAAUGAAGUUCUCCAACAGCCAACAAACGAAACCCACAAUCUGUUUCUGUUAGACCUCAGUCAUUACAAGUCCGUAAUUGAUCCAAAGUGUUGCUCAGUCCAAUUCAAUGAUGUUUGGUGUUGUUUUGUUUAAUGGUGAAACAGUGAUGUUACUGUAUGGUUAUUGUUAAUUUCACACAAUGGUCCUUAUUUUGAUUAUAUGCAGCGGUACGAUAUACAUAAUUAUACAAUAAUAUGCUGUACAAAGUCUAAAGCAUUGCAUUGGUGACAUCAUUGGAAACACCUCACUAUGUUACAUGUCACAUGAUGGCUAUGGUAAAUGUUGAAUUCAUGCAACAGUUCAUUUAUAUGCAAUGUCAAUAUGUCAGUAUAUUCUGAAACAUUUUGGAGACAGACUGCCUCAGCAUGGCCUUUUAUUCUGCUGACAUCUUAUUGAAUAUCCCAUUAGCUCCUGUUACAUUAUCACAGUUGUCAACUUGUUUAUCAAAGACAGCAGUGACAGAGCAUCAACGUCGCUGCUGUUGUGAUCACAAUAGAGAGCGAAACAGACUGAUUUAGUCUUUGACGACAGAUGGUAACAAGCUGAUAAUACAUUGAUAAUCUUUCCAGGACUGAUGAGUGUCUCUAAUAUUUGUUUGCAUUUCACAAAAUCACAGAUACCUUAGGAAACUGCCAAAACUGCCUCAUAUACUAAAUGAACUAGCAGUAUUUACAAGCAUAAUAGGAUUUUUUUUCUUCUCAAAUUCCUGUAAUCUACCACAGUGCUGCUUUUAUUUUGGGUUUCUUCCAUUUCAUUGUCCUCAGUUGUACUGUGGGAGCCAUGCAACAGUGUUAGAAACAAGAAAGAGCUCGAAAGAGCUAAUUUAGCUUUUAAAUUAUUUGUUGAGAUCACCAGAAAUAGACAUUAUUAUCCUCUCGCACUGGUCAGUUCAAGAAAAUAACUGCUAACAUGUUGUAUCAUGUUUCCUAAUUGAUGCCUAAUUACUCAGCAGUAACCAUCAUAAGUCCUUUUCAAGUUAUUCCAUCAGUAAAAUAACCUAAUAUGGGACAAUUCAUAUCCUCAGCUGUAACAGAAAACACUUCUUAGGCAAAUAAGUUCCACAACCAGCUCAGUGUGUGACUGUGUUCAUUUACACUUACAGGAAUAAUUUGACAUUUUGGGGAAACGCAUACAGUAUAACCUUUUUUUUCUGAGCAUGAGAUGGGAAUAUCAACAUCACUCUCAUGUCUGUGUGUUAAGUAAAAUGAUAGAAGUGGGAGGCAAUUAGCAUAGUUUAGCAUAGAUACAAGGAAGCAGAGGGAAACAAAUACUGUCCAAAAUUAAAAAAAAAUACACAUAGCACCUCUGAAGCUCACAAAUUAAAAUGUCGUAAUAUUUUGAUCCAUACACUAACCAAAACAAUUAAUAGCUCCAGCACCUAACUUUGCCUAAAGCCACAGAUUAUCAUUCUUGCACUGUUGUUGUUUGUGUACAGUUGAAAUCAGUAAGUGUUAUUUAGUGAGCUUUAGAGCUGAAUAUUUGAACUCUGGAGAGAGGCAGGCUGGCUGUUUCCCCCUGAACCUAUGCUAAGCUAGGCUAAUCACCCCCUCACUCUAGCUUUAUAUUUCAUGCACAGAGUGGUAUCAAUCCUUUCAUCUCUCAGAAAGAAAGCAAUUAAGCAUUAUUCUUUUCCUUUACAUCAUCUGCGUUGUUUUGUAGAUGAUAUAAAGUUCAUGUAUUAGGGAAAUGUAGUAUGGAACAUAACAAGCUGGUGAUACAGAGGUAAAAUUGCUACUAAGUAUUUAAUCAAUAGCUAAUUAGCGAGUCAUUCAAAAAGAGCUUAUUUGUCAUUAGAUAGCCUGUUCCUUUCAAUUUUACAGUAAAUAAGAAACUUUAAAAAAGCAGCAAUUAAUAUUCCCUUUGAGACUUUGAUAGCUUCGUGGUCCAAUGUGCCAUUCAUUUGUAAAUCCUCCUGAGACACAAAUCACAAGGGGAUUCAAAAUGACCCAAAUAAAAUCAACCUGUAAUGUUGAUUUUUAGCACUUUCAUGUUUUCAGUCACUCUGUUUGCUGCAGUGGUGAUGAACACGUAGCAGUUUUUAAACGAAGCACUUGGUCACCAUCAGUGGCUGUUAGCGUUUGAUUUUCUUAAAACCUUUAAUCAUAAACCCAUUUUCAUUACAGUAUGACCUGUCUGCACUUCCUUUAGCUUUAUUUGUGCAACACACCAGACAGUAUUCUUAGUGAUGCACUACUUUGGUUCAUGUAUUUAUACAACAGGAUCAUUAAUGUUAAAAUAGACAGCCCCUUUAAAGUGUUGGGUAUCUCACUAUGGUGAAAUUUGCUAAUGAAGAGCCAGACAUUGGCAGUAACACAGUGCCUCUGAUCCAGCCCGACCAAUCUCUGUGUGUGGAUCUGAUGUACAUCACUGGCUAAAGGCAACAGUGUAAAGAUUUCUACAAAACGACAUCUGAGGACACAUCUGUCCAAACAUGGAUUGCAUUGUAUUUUUAAAUGUGUUGCACAACUUCAGCUGUUUCUUCUGUUUCUAUCAGUGCUAUCUUUUGGCCUUUUAUAUGGUUCUUUUUAUAAUGAAGUUGUUCUAUGUGAUGAUCAGAAGUUGUGAUGCAGUUCCAUUGUUUUUAAAUAUUUAAUGUCUCUAAAAUAUGGAUUAAAAUCUGUUUGAACCAGUGA